AUGGAUUCCUCACCUUCACGAAGGGUCCUCGACGUGAAUAAUACUGCCGCUGGUGUAAAACGCUCAGCACCUGGCUCUUUGUUGCCAGCGUUCGAACCGAGCUCUUCUCCACCAUGUUUUAAACGUCACAAGUCUCACACAUCCGAGAGCGAGAAUAGAUAUCCGACUCCCGUUCCCUCAUCCUCUCUCGGUAUCCUUUCGUCUCCCCCUCCUCAGCUAUCGUGCAAACCUGUACUCGAACACAGUCAACCUGCUCUUUCCGAACGUUCUCCCUUGGGUGGUAUACCAUCUAUCACCCUCCCGGAUAACGGUGAACCCCUCCUUUUGGGGAGGUCUAGCAAUUCAUCCCACUAUCAACUUUCUGCCAAUAGACUCAUUUCACGCGUCCAUGUCAAAGCACUGUAUCUGACCACAACAUCAAGACCAAAGGUUGAGAUCCAAUGCCUGGGUUGGAACGGUGUAAAGGUUCAUUGCCAGGGCCAUGCCUGGGAGCUGGCGAAGGGAGAUGUGUUCACAUCUGAAACUGAGCAUGCAGAGAUUAUGCUUGAUGUCCAAGACUCACGUGUGGUCCUUGCAUGGCCAGGUCACUGGUCUCGUUCUGCGGGUGCCCCGGCCCUGGGUUCGCCCACUGGUAGGAUAACCAGGAGUCCAUCCAUUGGAUGGGUAGAUGAUAACGAUGAGAAUGUUGAUCCCUGUGGUCCUGAUGCGAGAAACAGCAUCCGUCGUUGUGGUGCUAUGCUCGGUGAGAAACGCAACCGUUCGCCUGCCUCUCCUCUGCAUAAAAGGGGAGGCGGAAAUUCGUCUUCCAUGCUCUUGGCAGAAUCCCAGAUGACUGACACCUUUUUGGAAAUCUACGAGGAUGAACCUGUGCCUGACUUCAAGGAAGGGACCCAGUCUACCCUCCACGAGCCACCUGAGAAGGAGGAGAUUGCCCAGGCAAUGAAGUCUCUGCUUGGUGAUAGUGAGGGUGAAGACGAAGAUGACGAUCAGGAUGGUGAUUCUUUCGAGGAUAACUCCGAUGCCAUUGCGCAGAGUUUCCGGGAAGAGGAGCCGUCACUUCCUCCCAUGGUCACCUUUUCCACUGCCGAACCCCUCGGUGUUCCAGCCACUCCUCCAACCUCGUAUGCUACACGUGGAUCAUCCGCUUUCUCCUCACCUAUAAAGCGUCGAAGUGCAUCAGUUUCUCCCACCAAGGCCAACACUCUCCAGAAUCACAUCACCAACCAGCUUGCUUUCUCGCGUCUUUCUUCCACCCCGCUUUCUGCACUCUUGUCAAACCUCCCAUCGUCACUUGCACAAUUGGUUAAUAAGGAGCGUCUUAUUGACGUUUUGAAUAACCUUCAUUGCGUGGGAGAAAUCAAGCGAUCUGGUAAAGACGCGGCUGGAAAGCCACUAGAAAGCGAAUAUUACUAUAUCCCCGACCGUGAUACAGAUUCGGGCAGACGCGAUGCUGUCGUGCAAGGAAUGGGAAGAGUUGGGUUGAGGGCGUGCAGAAGAACUCACAAGCAAUACUACUGGAAAAAGCCAAAGAAGCCGAUUUAUUAUUAGUCUGCCCCCGAACCGUGGUAUUACUGUUUGACAAUCUUCUGCAUCAUUUUUCUUCUUCUUCCUUCAUAGGUUUUGCAUAUACGCGUUUUGCUACCGGGUUUAGCAUUUGCACUUUUUUUUUUCUUCCCAAAAUCCAGGCUUUUUCCUUCUGGGGCUUUUUUUCUAGUGGACCUUUAUUUUUCCACAUAUUCUUGUCAUGUCUAUCCAUUAUACCAUUUACCCGGGAUUGCUGUUCUUCUCGUUUCGUUUUAAGCUUAGGAUGGUGAUUUUUUUUUCUUUAUUCUCUUUUUUAUAUAUCGGUGGCAUUCUCGUUUUUAACUCUUCCUUUUUUUUCGUUGACCUUAUUGCUUUCCCCU